ACGAAGGGUAAAAAUAAAAUAAAGAAUAAACCAACAGAGAGAAGAAGAAGAGAGCCAAGGAUCGAACGGAGGAGGAAGAUUCUUCCUCCAAUUACACAUCUCUAUUUUUACGGAAAUUUUCGUAAUUUUAGUGUCAACAAACCCAAAAAAAAACGAACCCGAUCAACGAAACUUGCACUGCAAAAAAAAAAAAAACACCAUCUCCGAGAAGAAGAAGAAGAAGAAGAAGAAGGAGAGCUCCGUUAAUUUUUCAUCUUUUCGUGAAAAUUAGUGAAGACGAAUUAAUUUUUCUUUAUUUCCUUUUUUGUUUCUCGAAUAGAGGUUUCACGGACUUGGGGGGGUCUCCGUGAUCCAAUCUUGGCGUAAUUGUAAAUCUUUGAUUUCAAUUGUUGUGAUCGAAUCCCUCAUUUAUCAGAUCCUCAAAAAUUAAGGGGUUAUGAAAUCGAAUUUGUGUUCGUUUCGAUCUGGGUUUAGGCUUAAUUGAAGGAUGCAGCAUCAGCAUAAUCUAUUCACCACAAUGCGAAGUUUAAAUCUUGCAGAAGGUUGCAAAGGCACACAAGUCUAUGCACCUCCUCCUCCUCCUCCUCCACAACAGCCCGGUAACAACGCGACCGGAGGAGUCGGUGACAAGUUCCUCCAACACCUCCAAGACCACCUCCGCGUCAACUCAAUCCGAUCCAAAUCAAGCCGAACCUACCCCCAAGCAAACGUCGUCGUUUCACCUGAAUCCCUCCUCCCUUUCGGCCUCCCUUUAACAGAUCUCCUCGAGCCUCGGAUCGAUCCUUCCUUGAAGUUCCCCGACUUGGUCGACCAGAUGGCUCAAGUCUACCGUCGCAUCGACAACUGCGACCAGUCGGAGAGAUCCGGAGCUUACUUAGAGCAGUGCGCUGUCUUCAAAGGCUUAUCCGAUCCGAAGCUUUUCCGGCGGAGUCUCCGAUCGUCUCGGCAGCACGCGAUUGACGUUCACGCGAAGGUCGUGCUCUCUUCCUGGCUUCGUUUCGAGAGGAGGGAGGACGAGCUCAUCGGAACAACCUCUAUGGACUGCUGCGGGAGAAUCUUGGAGUGCCCUAAGGCGACUCUUGUUUCCGGGUACGACCCGGACACGGUUUACGAUCCAUGCCUCUGCUCCGGAGCCUCCUCCGAUGUUCAAGAAUGCUCCACUUCCGAUGAAGCGUUGGACUACGACAUGUCCUUCUGUAUCGGCGACGAGGAGGUUCGUUGCGUGAGGUACAAGAUUGCUUCUUUAUCAAGACCUUUCAAGGCGAUGUUGUACGGAGGGUUUAACGAAAUGAAGCGAGGGACGAUCAACUUCACGCACAAUGGAAUCUCCGUUGAAGGGAUGAGAGCUGCUGAGAUCUUCAGCAGGACCAACAGGUUCGAUAACUUCCCUCCUCACCUAGUCUUGGAGCUCCUCAAGCUCGCGAAUAGGUUCUGCUGCGAUGAGAUGAAGUCAUCUUGCGAUGAGCAUCUGGCGCAUCUCGUUGGAACUCUUGACGAGGCGAUGCUGUUGAUUGAGUAUGGUUUAGAAGAGUCUGCGUACCUUCUUGUGGCGGCUUGUCUCCAGGUUUUUCUGAGAGAGUUGCCGAGCUCGAUGCAUAAUCCGAACGUUAUAAAGAUCUUCUGCAGCGUCGAGGGAAGGGAGAGGCUGGCCUCUCUUGGACACGCUUCUUUUAAGCUGUACUUCUUCUUGAGCCAGAUUGCUAUGGAAGACGAUAUGAAGUCUAACACCACUGUGAUGAUUCUGGAGCGUUUGGUUGAAUGCGCGGUGGAGAGUUGGGAGAAGCAGCUCGCGUGUCACCAGUUAGGGGUGGUGAUGCUGGAGAGGAAAGAGUAUAAAGAUGCUCAGAGAUGGUUUAACACAGCGGUCGAGGCUGGUCAUCUUUACUCGCUGGUGGGAGUUGCUAGGUCUAAGUUCAAGCGUGACCAUAGAUACUCGGCUUAUAAGAUCAUCAACUCGCUCAUCUCGGAUCACGUACCUACUGGGUGGAUGCACCAGGAGAGGUCUUUGUAUUGCAGCGGGAAAGAAAAGCUGCUUGAUUUGGAUACAGCUACCGAGUUAGACCCGACUUUGACGUUCCCUUACAAGUUCAGGGCGGUGGCUUUGGUGGAGGAGAAUCAGUUUGGUGCUGCCAUCUCGGAGCUGAACAAGAUUCUUGGAUUCAAGGCCUCUCCUGACUGUCUGGAGAUGAGGGCGUGGAUCUCUAUAGGUAAGGAGGAUUACGAGGGGGCUUUGAAAGAUAUUCGUGCGCUUUUGACACUGGAGCCGAACUUUAUGAUGUUUAACGGGAAAAUCCAUGCUGAUCAUAUGGUGGAGCUGCUAAGUCCGCUGGCUCAGCAGAGGAGCCAGGCUGAUUGCUGGAUGCAGCUGUUUGAUCAUUGGUCUACUGUUGAUGAUAUUGGUUCUCUAGCAGUUGUUCAUGAUAUGCUUGCAAAUGAUCCAGGGAAUAGUCUUUUGCGUUUCAGACAGUCUCUUCUUCUGCUACGGCUAAAUUGUCAAAAGGCAGCCAUGCGUUGUCUAAGGCUGGCUCGAAACCAUUCGAAGCUGAAGCAUGAGAGGCUUGUGUAUGAAGGAUGGAUAUUGUAUGAUACAGGGCACCGCGAGGAAGCUCUGGCCAAGGCUGAGGAGUCUAUUUCCACGCAAAGAUCUUUCGAAGCGUUUUUCCUCAAAGCUUAUGCUCUUGCUGACUCUACGCUCGACCCAAAGUCCGCAGAGUACGUUAUCCAGCUCCUUGGAGAAGCACUUCGUUGCCCCUCAGAUGCUCUCCGUAAGGGACAAGCUUUGAACAAUCUGGGGAGCGUGUAUGUGGAUUGUGAGAAGCUAGAUCUUGCAGGUGAUUGCUAUACGAACGCGCUCAACAUCAAGCACACACGAGCACACCAAGGUCUUGCACGUGUUUAUCAUCUGAAAAACCAGCGUAAAGCUGCUUACGACGAGAUGACAAAGCUAAUAGAGAAAGCUCAGAACAAUGCGUCGGCAUAUGAGAAGCGGUCUGAAUAUUGUGACCGUGAGAUGGCACAGAGCGACCUUAGCCUAGCAACACAACUAGACCCUCUCCGUACCUAUCCUUAUAGAUACAGAGCUGCAGUUCUUAUGGAUGACCAUAAAGAAAAUGAAGCCAUAGAGGAGCUUUCGAGGGCGAUAUCAUUUAAACCAGAUCUGCAGCUGUUACAUCUACGGGCAGCGUUCUAUGAUUCAAUGGGAGAAGGAGCAUCUGCCAUCAAAGACUGUGAAGCAGCGUUGUGUAUUGAUCCAGGUCAUACAGAUACACUCGAGCUCUACCACAAAGCUCGUGAAGCAAAUACUACCGACCAAAAGUAGAACAAAACUAUUGUUUUGUUUGGUGGGCAAAUCUCUUCUUUAUUUCCCUCCUGGUAUGCUUCUACACUGUUUCAUUUCCUACUGCAAACAGAGAAAUCAACAAAGGUUUGGUUUGAGUGAACAGAGAACAAACAUAAAAAAGCAAAGCAUAGCCAUGUAAAUAGAAACUUUUAUACUGUUUUUUUUUUUAACUUUAAUUUUUGGUUAUUGGGGUGGUGAGGAUACUACAGUAGUGCAGAGAGUGUUUCUUGCUGCUACAGGUAAAACGUUUUCUGCCCAAAGAGGAAACCAUGAAGAAGAGAACUUACCUCUGGUGAAAUUGGACUUCUUCUUCUGUCCUGUUUCUGAGAUGUGUUUAUUGGUUCUUUCUUUGAUUUUUAUUUUUAUUUUUACUGGGAUUAUGUAAUUGUAUCUGUAACUUUCUCAACUUUUUCUUUUACAUAUUUCUUGUAUUGAUUCUCUAAGCAUCCAGGGAUGUGUUUUUUAUCCUCUUGAAACAAGAAAACAGAGACUAUUCGUUCAAUAUACAUUUUACAAGAUCA